AUGCAACUGUUGGUAAUUGCCCAAGUUACUAUUGGAGAAGCAACUGUUGGUAAUUGCCCAAGUUACUAUUGGAGAAGUAUAAUGGCAGCCCAUGCAAUAGUGGUCUCAGGAGUGCGAAGGAGAAUUGGGAAUGGACAGACAACUUUAAUAUGGGAGCAUCCGUGGUUACGAGAUAAUCCUAGCCCAUUGAUUCAAACAGAAAUGCCAGAGCAAUUGAGAGAGGCACGAGUUGCAGGAUUAAUUGAUUUACAGACUCAUACCUGGGAUCCACAUAUUUUAUCUGACUUGUUUAUUCCUGAGGAUGUGGAGCGAAUAAAUAUGAUCCCUAUUAGUCCUGGUUACGAGGACUCAUGGUAUUGGAUGAGUGACCCAAAGGGGACAUAUACAGUGAAGAAUGCCUAUAGGCGUAUUGUGGGUGACUAUGAAAAUAAUCCCGCGUUUUUUGAUAAAUGGGUUACAAUGUGGAAAGUAAAAGUCCCCCCAAAUGGAAAACUUUCUUGUGGAGAGCCAUCUGUGAGAUUUUGCCAACAACCAUUAACUUACUCUUUUACAACAUGGCUAAAAGGGGCUAUGGCGAUCUUGACAGAGGAGCAGACCCGGUUGAUGGUAGCAAUAUUAUAUUACAUUUGGAGAGCCCGGAAUUCAGCUGUCUGGAAGGGAUCAAUGACGCGGCCUGCCCAAUUAGCCAGAGCAGCAACCGUAGCACUUCAGGCGUACGGCGCUGCCCAGGCCCCCCGUGCCGAGCCGGCAGCGGCAUCGAAGCCAUUAACCGAACCAGGGGAGGGCGGUCUACGGUGUUAUGUGGACGCGGGUUUCCGACACGACACAGGCGAGGCUACGUACGGCAUGUUAAUAAUAGCGCCAGAUGGCUCUUUUGCGGCAGCAAGGAAUGGCAAAUUACCGAUCUGUUUCUCACCACUUAUGGCGGAGGCCCAGGCAUACAAGGAAGCACUGUCCUGA